UGUCAUUGUCACUGAUAUUUAGAUUAGGUUAUAUUUUUUAUUUUCCAUUGUUUUUUGAUAUUCUAAUCUGAAUAUUCCUAUUUAAUUAUUAUAAACACUCACCUGAGUGCACAAGGUCUCUUGUUGUAUACAAUUACAAUGUUUAAACGCCCCUGCCCCGGUGAAGAUGAGGACGAUAUUCUUAAAAUGCAAGAAGAGUUUCUUCGGGAGAAAAAUAAAAACCAAAAUUUGCAACCAGCAGCUCAAGUUGUUAACCUUCGCCGGACUGAAUUGAAGAGACCCAGCACAAGUGAUACAGGAAUCCGUAAACAAUCUAAGUAUGCACAAUCCAAAGGCCUUAAAAAUUACACUCAAAAACACGAAAGUGGAGGUGCCUUAAUUGGUGAUAUUUUAGAGAAAAAUAUGAGAGAGUCGGAACGUAAUGAACCUGUAGAUGAAGACGAUAAGGUCUAUUUUCCAAAACUCCAACCGUCAAUACUGGGAGAUAUUGUGGAGAAGAAUGUUGGUGAAUGUAUAGAUUAUGAUUUUAAACUGAUGCCAGCUCAAGGUUUCCCAGUUGUUACAAAACGAAUUAGUAAUGUAAAUGAUGAAAGUAACACCAAUUUAUUUCCUAAUACUAUAGAGGUAAGUUCAUGUCAAAAUAUGGAUAUUGAUGAAUCAUCAAGCUUUAGUUUGACAACUAACCAGUCAACAAAUUUAAUAAAGAAUUUUCCAACAAAGAGUUACAUUUUAUCUUCUGCUGAUGCUGAUGAUAUACAUAAUGAAAAUAUAAAAACUCUUACAAAUUUAUCUGAAAAGGAAAUUUUGGAUGAACAACAAAAGUUGCUAUCUAGUUUAGACCCUAAAUUAAUUCAGUUUUUAAAGUCGAAACGAGAACAUGCUCUGAAUAAUCAAUAUGAUAAUAAACAAGUUACUCAUACUCCACUUGUCAAAAACACAAUUGGUGAUGAAAAAAUGGAUACAAAUGAAUCAUCUAAUGAUUUGACUAUAGACCAGACCGAUUCACUUUGGGAAAAUGAUAUCCUGUCACAUCCUGAUGUCAAUAAGUGGUUACAUUUUGAUUCUCUUGAGAAAGACAAAUUAGAAUGGAUAAAAGGCAUUAAUGAAAGUAAAAAAGUAAAACCUGAUGAGCCUUAUGAAGCUAGAUUUGAUUUUAAGGGUUAUUUGUUACCAUAUAUAAUGGAGUAUACAGAAAAAACAAAAACACUUUUUCACCAUGGAGAAGAACCACACCGACCUGGAUAUUCCUUAUUGGAGCUUUUUGAACUAUCUCGAUCGACUGUGACACAACAACGAGUGAUGGCUUUAAACACAAUUGCAGGAAUACUUGAAUAUUACAUGGCUGGCACAUACAAAGAUAUCAUAGACAUACCAUUGAGUAAAAUAUUUUUUAUCAUAAGGUUUUCUAUUGAUGAAAAUAAAACUAUAAUUCUGGAACCUGCCUUGAAAGCUAUGAGGAAUCUGCUUUAUAACAGAAUUGAUGAGGCAAGCCUUGAUGCAUUAUUAGGUUUUAAGGAAGGUACCUGUCAACCUUGUUUAGAGAAUGAUAAAUCAGAAAUUGAAGAAUUGGAAUCAAAAGAGUCUGAGCUCAAUGAUUUUCAUUUAGCUGAAAUAGAUAUUAUUGCUGCUGCCGUGAGAAGUGAUAUAAUUCAAAGAUUAUUUUAUAUAUUAGAUACAGUUAGGCCUAGCUUUAACUGUGUUCAAUACUGCUUACAAAUACUUAUAAGAUUGAUUAGAGAUUCAGAUGAAAUUGCUAUGAAAAUUGUACAAACUGAUCAUCUAAUGAGAACAGUAAUCCAGAAUUUUAUUCCAGUGUCAAGUCUCAGUUUUGCAUUUUCACCACAUAUUGCUUAUAAUGGAAAACCAAUUUUGGUUGGGCUAAAAUUUCUAAGAAUUCUCUCAUUACAAUCUAGAGAUAUAGGUGAAAUAUUAGUAAAUAAAUAUGCAAUAUUUAAACCACUUUCUGUAUAUAUAAGUUCAGGAGUUGAUGGUACUUAUGGAUUACGUGUUCAAAUAGAGGCAAUCUGUAUAAUAUCAAAUUUGUUACAGUUUAAUCUUGUAAAUGAAGAGGCCAUGUCUUUAUCACCUGUAAUUGUUACUUUAUUGUAUAAACAUGUAAAAGGGACAGACAUAUUUGUUAAAUCUUCAGUGGUGUCAGCAACACAUGCGGCAAUUGUGCUUCAGUUUGUAAAUAAACUUUUAAAUUGCAACACCAUCAAUUUAAAAACAUUCAAAGAACAAGUAUAUCCAUUGCUCAAAGAGGGUGUCCAAAAAUGGAUUGCACAGCUGUCAUAUUCUGAUUGCUACACUUGUGGACAUCUACGUCUUCUUUGUUCAGUUCUAGAUUGCUGCUUAACUAUAUUAAUAUAUGAAAGAGUACCAUUAAAAUUUCUUUGUGACUCCUUAAAAAAAUUGGUCUCAUCAAGGGGAUUUAAGGAGAUAGUAAAAAAUGUUGUCGCAUGUUCAAAUUUAUUAUCUGGCAUAGACAACAAAGAUUUGCAUUUAAUCAAGAAUUUGAAAUCCCUUGGAACAUCAGUUAUUGAUUCUGCCCAAAAAGUAUUGCCUGUGUUAAAUGUUGUAUCACCAAUACCUUUCUUAGUGGCACUGUUAAAUUUAUUACGUGUAAUGGAAGAUAAAGAACUUUCUAUGAGUAUAGUUCAACAAUUUUCUAUUUAUUUAAAAGAAAUUGAGAAAAAAACUCCAAGUCUGUGUGAUAACUGGUUUAGUAGAUUUGAAAUAGAUUUACUUUUUAGUCUUAUAAAAAUAGCAGUUCUUAAUGAUACCAAUCUAAAUGAGGACUUGCUUUAUGCUGUAUCAAAUAAACUCUGUUAUAUUUUGAGAGUAGAUAAAAAAUAUGAACUUGAAUUUCUUUUUAAUGCUGUUGUGUUCAACAAAAAAUGGUUUACAGCCGAAAGGCUUUUUAAUCUGAUGUCAAUAUCAAAUACAGAUAGUUGCACUAAAGUUUUAACAAAUAUUAUGAAUAUAAAAAGUUGUUACCGAAAAGUAAUUAACAUAAAUCAUAGGGCCAUUGGACCUAAUAUCGUAUUUCGUAAAUGGCAGGAGCCAAUACUUCCCAGAGAUUGGAUUUACCUGCCCAUACUGAUGUUGUAUGCUAAAAGUCAGGAUGCUGAGAAUAAAUCAGAACCUACAGAAGUGCAUCCAUAUAGUAAAUCAGUGUCAAAAGAACUUGACCAGAAAGAUACAAUCGUAAGCAGUAGCUUAGGGUGGAUUUUAUUAAACGAACUUUGCUAUUCGGAUCUUUUGAACGAUAUCGAUGUGACCGAUCGCUUCUGUCGCAUCAUGUGCGUCUUCCUUUGUGAUAAUUCUAUAUUUUUGGAUGCAGGUAUAAAAGAUUUAUUACAUAAGUGCACUCAAAUACUGUUCAAGAAAACGGAAUUCAACUUUGAUAAGCCACUUGUUGGCUUGAAUAAUUUUCAAGAUUUCUAUACGCAGUUCUUGGAGCAGUUUCAGUCUGUUAGUUAUGGAGAUCACACAUUUGCUGCAUGUGUUCUGGUACCCAUAGCACAGAGGCAUAAUGUCAAGUGGCGUAAGCUCCUGUGGUCAGAAUAUGCUGGUUGCUUGAGGGCUCUAGACUGUCCUGAAGAUUUACUAUGUUAUGAAAUGAACGAUUACCUAUAUCCAGAUGAGACUGACGAAUCUCUCAUUAGAUCCUAUCUCCAAGCAUUAUCCAGCAAUCUAUUGCGGCCAGAUACCAUAGCGUAUAGAAUAGCUCGCCAUCAUGUCGAAAGCUUUAAAAAGCGCUCUAAAAAUGUAACCAAUAGUGAUAAAUAGUAUUUAUCAAAUAAACCAUAUUAAUUAA